AGACCACUCCCUCAAGACAACUGGGACAAUAAGCUUCCCUGGUCUCUGUCUCUGAGGGGACAGCUGGUAGCAGCAGUCGAGGACGCCAGUUUAAUUCGGCUCACCGUCGAUACCAAGGGUCCAAAUAUCACAGUACAAGGUGCCAGAGGAGGCAUUCUCAGCACAACCGAGGUAAUGGGGAAAAUAGUCGACAUUCUGCCAGUCUGGAUAGUGAGUGGGUAUUAUGCAUAUAGCAUGGAAGCCAGCUGUCCACUGGUUUCCACUCUCCCAACCAACGAGACAGUAUUCCACAUCCUAAAACGGAGAAUGGGAUUAAUUAAGAGAGGGGGGUAUGACAACGAGAUCCUUACUGUAAAACACAUUGCAGUAAAGCAGACCGCCAGCUACUCUGUGAUUGAAGACCACGAGUUUGUCCAGGUUACCAUCCCCACAGCUGAAAUCCUUCAAGCAAAGAAAUGUGAAGAUCCGCCUGUGAACUCGCACUUGCAGCCAUUUUAUAAAGUGGAUGUGAUUCUAACCUUCAAAGAAAUGCCCUACAAAGUGUACUGGAGCAUGGAAAACCAGUUCCCAUGCACUGGUAUGUAAUGACAACUAGAACUCGUGGACAUUUUGAUAUUCUUAUGUUUGGCCACCAGGUGGCACUGAUUUGCGAAACAAAAACAAAACAUAGGAGGCGUCAAUGGCUGU